AUGGCAGCAGGGCCGGCGAGAUCCGCAGGGACACUGAGAGCUGCACCAGGAGGCAGCCGCUCCAGCUACUACAGCAGCGCUAGUGAGGGUCGUAGCGGCAGCGGCCGGCGAAGGCGGAGCGCGUCUGGCCCGAUGUUUGCCGAGGAUGAGGGGUGGCUGGAAGCCUUGAAGGGCGUGGCUGAUGAGCCUGGGCUGCCAUUAGGUCCUAGCAAGAAGAUGUCGGGGCUCGGCGGGAUGGUCGCGGAAGACAGCCGAGUAGCGGAGAAUAACGCCCUCAAGGAGUGGAUGGGGGAGAACGGCGUCUGGGUCUACGACAAGAGCGAUUGGGGCGUUGGGCCGCACGCGCUAUCCGUCGCGGUGGAUACGGUGGAUGAAAACGAAAAUGAGACGGCGGGGCGAGGCAUGAUAGCCAACCGAGAGAUCAAGGAGGGCGACGAGCUUUUCACGCUGCCCAUCGACCUGCUCCUCACCAAGGACGCCGCCAAGAAGGAGUUCGGAGCUGACGUGAUUACGGAAGACUUGUCUGAGUACAUCGCCAUCGCUCUCCUUGCGGUUCACGAGAAGGCGAAGGGGAAGGAGAGCUUCUGGAGCAGCUACAUUGGAGUUUUGCCCACCGUGGAAGAGGUGUACCCGACGUACCUCUGGGCUGAAGAAGACUUGGCGCUGCUGGAAGGGUCUCCCGUCAUCGCCGCUACCGAGUCCAUGCGGCGCAAGCUGGAGGUGGAGUACGCCACUGUGGAGAACGAUUUGCUCGACAAAUUUCCGGAGAUCCUGCCUAGGGAGGUUCACACUUACGAGGAGUUCCAGUGGGCGUUCGCGAUGUUGUUUUCAAGAGCGAUACGACUGGGAGGUCUCAGCACCGGGGAGGCGGUUGCCCUCGUGCCGUACGCGGACCUGUUCAAUCACAACCCGUUCGCGAACAGCUACAUCGACGCGCGGCAGCAGGGGUUGUUCUUCUCCAAGACGGAUGAGGUGGUGGUUUACGCUGACCGGUCCUACAAGAAGAUGGAACAGGUGUACAUCUCUUACGGGCCCAAGGGGAACUCGGACCUCCUCCUCCUGUAUGGCUUCUCGCUAGACCGCAAUCCCUACAACUCCGUCGACGUCACCGUCUCCCUCGAUGAGAACGAUGAGCUGUACGAACGGAAGAAAGCAUUCCUGUCGGAAGCGGGGCUGCCGCCAACCAAGGCGUUUCCUCUCUACAACGACAGGUACCCAGACGAGCUGCUGCAGUACCUCCGGCUGAUCCAGCUCAACACCGACCAGCUCCGCGGCCGGACUCUGGAGGACCUCUCGUUCGAGAAGAAGCAGACCGACGUUAACGAGCUCAUGGUCCUGGACAGCCUCGUAGAGGCCUGCAAGGCCACGAUAGCGGGGUACCCGACCACGGAGGAGCAAGACUCGAAAUUAAUGAACGACCCGGGGAUGUUCCGCGCCCUCUCCAAGACGCAGCGCAUGGCGGUCAAGCACCGGCGGCAGGAGAAGGUUAUCUUGAGACGGACCAUCGCGGCCGUAACUAAGGACAAGGAGAAGCUGCGGAUUCCACUCGGCGGCCUUCCUCAAUAAGCGGCGGAAUUAUAGUUUUAUUUCUUCUGGGGGGGAUCCCUAUGCUAUCGUGCCAUGUGCGGGCUUCUGCGGUCUGUCUGUCUUGCUUCUAUUUUGAUGUCCUGGGCCGAAGCUUCGGUAUUCUUGGUGGUUGUUUUGUGAGUCAUUACAGUAUGUAGUAUGCCAUACGUUCGUAGGAAUAAUCUCCGGGAGUAUUCGAUUGGUAUUUAGACCGUCCAUCGUGUGUGUCAAUCUUGGUUUAUGUCUAUCCCCCUCCGAUUGAUUGGGACGUUCUGUGGAAGAGUUUGGAUUGUUCCCCCGUGGAAAAAUCAAUGGUAUGGAAUGUUUCGGAAUUUCCUUGUGUCGCUUGCUCAUGAAGUUUUACCGACGCCGGCGAAAAAGCGCUGACCGGGGAUGGAGCACCAGGGAUUAAACUUCGAAGCAGGGUUAUCCCCGCGCGGGAAGGGAUAAAAACGAUGCAUUAGUUUGCCUUCAUUACUGUC